GCGAGGAGCGGAGCGGACCCGCACCAUGGUGCAGCCCAGAUUGCUGGCGCUGCUUCUGCUCGCCCUAGCCUGGGUCCGCGUGUGCACGGACGACGCGGCCAAAGUGAUCUCCGACCGCUAUGCCGUCUACUGGAACCGGAGUAACCCCAGGUUUCACCACGGCGAUUACACAGUAGAAGUCAGUAUCAACGACUACCUGGACAUCUACUGCCCCCACUAUGAGAAGCCGCUGCCCCCAGCCGUGCGCAUGGAGCAGUAUGUCUUGUACAUGGUCAAUGACGAGGGCCACGCUUCCUGUGAUCACCGGCAGAAGGGCUUCAAGCGCUGGGAGUGUAACCGGCCCAUGGCGCCCAAUGGGCCCCUCAAGUUCUCCGAGAAAUUCCAGCUCUUCACGCCCUUCUCCUUGGGCUUUGAGUUCCGGCCGGGACAUGACUACUAUUACAUCUCUGCCACUCCCCCGAACAUGGUGGACAGGUCCUGUUUAAAACUGAAGGUUUACGUCAAGCCAACAAACGAUUCUCUGUACGAGUCUCCAGAGCCCAUCUUCACCAGCAAUAACUCCUGCAGCAGCCUCAGGAUGUCCCAGCUCUUCCUCUCUGUGGUGCCCGUCUUUUGGACCAUCUUCACCUCCUAGCCCCCCGGCCCUCCCACCACCAGGCACCGAGGGAUCGGUAUUGUUCUAGGUGGAGCCAGGGAAGACGGGGAACCCUAGGGGGAUGGGGGCAGCCCUGCUGUUCCCUUUACUCCUUGCCACCUGUUCAGAAACCCCUCUCAGACCCUGUCUGCCCCUCCUUCGGGAGGCCGGAGAGGAAGGCCCUGAAGCCGCCAAGCCAGACUUCCACCUUCGGGACCACACAGAGAGGACUGAGGAGGAAGCAGAUGGUGUCUGCCAGGGACGGAGUUCAGGGCCGCCCAGGAAGGUGACCUCCAGUCCUUGAAGAUUUAGGCUCCAGGGAGCCUCUCCAGGGCAGUAGCAGCUGCUCCCCAGCCCUGGGGCAUGGGAACGAGAGCUGCUCUUAGACCAAAUAGAGAACGUCCUUCUUGUUUCCAUUUGGUGCUGUCAUCCCUGCCUCCCUGACCCUCAGACCUCUGACCUGCCUAGGGGACCUUCACAGAGAUAGAAGAGGCCGCCGCUGGACCAGGAUGGUCAUCGCCACCCAAACUACUGCUCCUCCUUGUCCCCUCUACAUCGCCCUACCCCAAAGACGGCAGGCAAGCUGUCAUUUCAGAAGCACCAGAGAGAGCAGGGGGCAGGGGGUGGCGGUGGGGAGGGUCCACACACUUUGGUUCUAUCCCUUUCGCCCCCAUCUCCUCGCCCUGAACUUAACUGUCUAGCCCUUGUCUUCCCACCAGACUGAAUGCCGCCUGGACAGAGCUGAUUAAAGACUUUUGUCGCUGAGAUCAUGGGGGAGGCCUGUGCCCUAGGAGGGUCAUAGAUGCUAUUGGCCCGCUGGUUCAGGAGCAGAUACUUGGGGUAGAGCAGGGAGUUGGAGAAGAUCUACUAGGAAUAGGGCGAGCUCAGUACAUGACCUAUAGGGCCGUUAGAAGGUCCAAUCCAAAACCUCUUUGGGAUACGUGGGCAUGGAAAGGAAACAGAGGCAGGCACUGGCCACCUCAGUCCCUUGCUGAUGACUGUGGGUUGGGGAGGGAAGGGGUAGAAAUACCUCUCAAUUCCUCUUUUUUUUUUUUUAAGUAUUUUCAUUGUUUUAUUUGAGACUCAAGUUUUUAAUUUAUUCUACCACCUCACACCCCCUGACCCAAUUAAGACUUUGGGGAAGGAAACAGGGGUCCCUGACUGUGGACCUGGUCCCAUACUCCUGAUCUGCUCCCCAAUUUCCUUCCUUUCCCCAGCCUCUAUUCACCACCUUCUCUACUCAGUGCUCUACCAAAACACCCAAAUAAAUGUAUCCUGAGUCCACAACCCUGGGGGAGCUCCAGGCCUAUCUCCUUCCCACUAUGGUCUUUCCCCUUGGGUCAUAGGGGUUUUCCUGAUUUCUAGCCUCCAUCUCUGGCUUUAUUGUCCCUUGAAACCCUGAGCAAGUAAGGUCAUGGCUGCUCCGAUGGACCAUCUGGGAUCUCCUAGAUCUGGGCUCCAGGACUGUGAGGGUUUUUCUUUUCGGCGGGGACAGUACCGGGAUGAAGGUAGAAGCAGCCCUUGGGCACAUGCACAUUUUGGUAAACUUUAGGAGGGAUAGGGCUACUUGUUAUCUUGGUUCCUUCUUCCUGUCCUCACUGGAAGCCAAGAGUCAGAGGCAAGAGCCUAGAAAGGAGGGAGGGGCGGCUGUUUGUUUUUAAGGGAGGCAGCUGCCCACGGUCUCCCUAGCCAGACCUGCUGCACUGACCCAGAUCCCCAUCUGAAGCCACUGGCCCCCGGAGGCCUUCAGAUGAGGCUCUGGGAGGUUCUUUCUAAAGAAAAAAAGGCUGACCCUCACUGCCCUCUCUGGAGGAGACAAAGCCACCUCCCCUUCUCUUACCCCAGUCUCUGUCUCCCUUUCCAGUUCUUAGCCUCAGUGCUGGCUUGAGUCUCCCCCAGGUCCCAGAGAGAAAAGCUAACAAGUCCCUCCACCAGACCACAGUUCAGCACCCCCUCCUCUGCUCACCAUUGAAGCAGGGCCUUUUUAUUAAGGACCCUGUUGUUUCUUUCUUUCCUUUCCUUUCCUUUUCUUUUUUUUUUUUUGCAAAUGCAAAUGAAUCUACCGAUUUCUAUUGCUUCAAGUAAUCUGUCUCUGAGGAAGGGAGCAGACGUUAUAUUUCUGUAAAUAGAGCCCGCAGGUAUAUACUGUGAUUUAUUUUUAAUGCAAUGCUGAGAAUGAACUCGGUGGAGGUCUCCUCUUUCUCUCUCUUUCUCUCUUUGUCUCUCUCCUCUCACUUUCUUCUCUCUCUUUGUCUUUCUCCUCUGUCU